GAGAGAAAAAUAAAUUUACAAAUCACAUUUACAAGAUUAACUUUCCAAUUUAAUUGUUGUUUCCAUUUUAACCAUAAACGAUGAGAGUUUUAAUUUUAUUAAGUUUUCUAAUCACUUUUAACCAAUCGUUUAAUUGCUUAUCGAUUGCUCCUGAUUCAAUUUGUAACAAAGAUGUUCCUUAUAUACUUACAGAGCCCUCAGGGCAUAUCUACAGCCCCGGUUACCUUUCUAAUCAAUCUUAUUCCGAAGGGCUUGAUUGUAAAUGGUCAAUCUUGAUUCCCGAUGGACAGUAUUUAACAGUUAAAUUUGAAGAUUUGGAUCUCGACGAAUCACUUGGAUGUGACGACGAUUCGCUUUCGUUUUAUGGAUCGUCACUCGCUCAAGAAGCGCUAGUCCAACGCGUAUGUGGAACUUGGAAACCAAAAGACUUGACAGUUUCCGAAAUUUCUUUGUUGAAAAUUGAAUUUGUUAGCGAUUAUAUUUUUUCUGGCCGUGGUUUCCAUAUCUCCUGGACAACCUCGAAAAAUUAUGACAAAUGUUCAAAUCAAGAGUUUAGGUGUUUCUCAGGUGAAUGUGUCCCUCGUACGUUACUUUGCAACGGUAAAUAUGAAUGUACCGAUGGAUCUGAUGAACGAGGAUGUAAAAAGGCAAAGUUACCUAAAUAUGAAUGUGGAAAACAAAAAAUCAAACCAGAUACAAGUGGAUUCACGGACAGAAUUCUUGGUGGUGAUCCUGUUAUUCCUGGAAGUUGGCCUUGGCAGGCUGAUCUUCAAGCUCGAUUCCUCUGGCCCUCAGGGCAUUACUGUGGAGGAGCUUUAAUCCAUCCUCAAUAUGUGUUAACUGCAGCCCAUUGUGCUGCCGCAGUUACUCGAUCCUCAGAUAUUCGAGUUGUUCUUGGUAAUCAUAACUCCUUCAAAAAUGAUGGAACUGAACAGACUCGCUCAGUAGAUUCUGUCACUCAGUAUGGUGAUAUACCUUUUCAAGUGAAAACCGGUGAUUUCGAUCACAUCAAUGAUCUCGCUAUGAUGAAGCUGAGUGUUCCUGUGGAAAUAACCGAUGCUGUUAAUCCAAUUUGUUUAGCAGAUUCGAAGACAAAAUUAACCAAAGGAACCAAAUGUUUUGUAACAGGAUGGGGAGCAACUCGAGGAACCGGAAGCAGUGGUAUUCUCAAGCAGAUAAUCGUUGAAAUUGAUGAUAUAAAUGCUUGCUCAAAGUCUAUGGGUGAUGCUGAGGAAGUCGAUACAUCAAGUGACUCUCAGAUUUGUAUCAAAGUCGGUGGACAUGGACUGGGAGUUUGUAGCGGUGAUUCGGGUGGACCUUUGGUCUGUCAAGUGGACGAUACUUGGUAUCUCUUUGGAAUCGCAAGUAUGGUCACUACUGGAACAAUUCUUGGUCCAGUUUGUGGGGAUAAGGAUGGAAACGCAGUCUACGCUAAUGUUAGAGCGAAAAUCUCAUGGAUAAAAGAAACUAUGGAAUAAUUUAACAUUUCGAAAACGAAAUAAGAUCAAAUAAAGAUUAUACGAAAGACGAAACAAUCGAAGUGAAAAAAAAGUUUCUUUAAUUGUUCAAAAAAAAGAUUAUCUUAAAUUUUGAUUAAUACAAAAAAAAACGAAUCGUUUUGUUAAUGUUGAUUUAAAGUGAAUCGAGAAAAAAAAAGAAAUGAUAAAUUGUGAAUAAAUUUCUCGAAAAGCUAAUCAAUGAAAUGAAAUCAAAAGUCGCAAAGUUGAA